AUGUCCUUCAUCUUCAAGAACGCUAUCUCUACCGCUGGCCGAAGGGCGGCUUUCCGGCCUCCAACAGGUGUCUUAGCGUACCGUUCUUUGCACACUUCCAAGCCUUCCACAGCUCAAUCGCCUGCGCCACUUCCCUCAUCAUCCACGGAUCCCGCCAAUCCAAUAACACAGAUUGCGAACUACAACUCAAACCAGCAUAGUUUGGAGAAUCCUCAGAAUAAAGCAGAAUAUGUUCUUUCGACGCUAGACAAGGUUGCCAACUGGGCACGACAGGGCUCAAUGUGGCCAAUGACUUUCGGUCUUGCUUGUUGCGCCGUAGAAAUGAUGCAUAUGGCUGCUGCGCGGUACGACCAAGACAGACUAGGUGUCGUAUUCCGUGCUAGUCCUCGGCAGAGCGAUAUCAUGAUCGUUGCUGGUACACUGACGAACAAGAUGGCACCGGCGCUUAGGAAAGUUUACGACCAGAUGCCUGAGCCUCGUUGGGUUAUCUCGAUGGGUUCUUGUGCAAACGGAGGCGGGUACUACCAUUAUUCGUAUUCUGUUGUUCGGGGAUGUGACCGCAUUGUACCCGUUGACAUCUACGUACCGGGCUGUCCCCCUACAGCUGAAGCUCUUCUGUACGGCAUGCUUCAACUCCAGCGAAAAAUGCGUCGGAGUAGAAAGGGAGUACUCUGGUACCGCAAGUAG